AUGAGCGAGGAGUGUGCAAACCCCCUACUCCUGGGGUGGAUCAAAGAAUGGCUGGAUCAAGCUCGAGAACGAAACAGCAAAGGUGUGACCGUGUACAAGAAGGCUUAUGAGUCAAUGAAAGCCUGUCCGUUAGAAUUCCAACAUCCGUCUCAAGCACAACAAUUGAAUGGACUAGGACCUAAAUUGUGUGACCGCUUGACUGAUAAAUUAAAGGCCCACUGUCAAGAAAAUGGGCUUCCAAUGCCGGAACCGCCUGACAAAGGUGGAAAGAGAACAUCUGAAGGUGAUGUCGAUCAACCGGCGAAAAAGCCUCGGAAAGCCAAGCCGUAUGUACCUACAUUACGAUCUGGUCCAUAUGCACUGAUGUUGGGCUUGGGAACCCAAGAUGAGAAUGCAUCCCAGGGGAUGACGAAGGCUCACCUGAUCGAGGUGGCUCAGCCAUACUGCGACAGUUCAUUCACGGCACCCCCGGACCCGACCAAGUUCUACACCGCGUGGAAUUCAAUGAAAACUCUCAUCCAGAAAGACCUAGUCUAUGAACAUGGACGUCCACUUCGGAAAUAUCUUCUUUCCGAAGAAGGCUGGGAGGUAGCCAAGCGUCUCCAAAAGACAUUACCUGGCGCUGCUCAAACCGCCACGUCUGGUUCCCAAGCUACUUCAACAACUGAGUCACAGCAAGGGGCAUUGACAGCCGAACUUGACUCACUUGAACAAGAUGACGAGCCAUCGGCAGACGCCCAAGAAAAUUUAUCCGAGCACGACAUAGCCAACAUCGAGCCCAUCUUCUUCCCGCCCAAGAGCUUCACCAUCCAGCUCGUAUUAGACACCCGAGAAGUCCGCACCUCCACCGACCGCGACUACAUCUCCGGCGAACUGAUGAAGCAAGGAAUUACGCCGCAAGUACGCGCCCUGGAAGUCGGUGACGCAAUGUGGGUAGCCAAAUGCCACGACCCAAAUUUCCUCCCAAGGCACGGCGAAGAAGGCGACGAAGUGAUGCUGGACUGGAUCGUUGAGCGAAAGCGUCUGGAUGAUCUGAUCGGGUCUAUUAAAGACGGGCGUUUCCACGAACAAAAGUUCCGGCUCCGUCGCUCCGGCAUCAAGAACGUCAUCUACCUGAUCGAAGAGUUCGCAGUCACGCAUCCUGACUCGACUAGCGGGAGUGCAGCGCAAUACCAGGAGAUGGUUGCGUCGGCCAUUGCCUCGACACAGGUUCUUAAUCAAUACUUUAUCAAAAAGACGAAACAUCUAGAUGAGUCAAUCCGGUACCUAGCGCGCAUGACUUUGCUCCUGCGGAAGAUGUACGGGGUCGAAGAUGAUGCGCCCUCCAUCGGAGACACUGAUAGCAGUAUCAACCGUAGCACGGUUCCUCCAUCUCCAGUGUCCAAAAUUGGCCUCAUCCCCGGCCGCCGUCUGUCCACUGACUCCUACCUCACCAUCCUCGAUAAUCUCCGCUCCCAAGAUCCGUCCAUUACGUACGGUGUUUCAUUCGUGACGUUCUCCGCACUCACUUCCAAGUCCGACGUUCUUACUCUUCGUGAUGUGUUUCUUAAGAUGCUUAUGUGUACCCGUGGCGUGACGGGCGAAAAAGCCCUUGAAAUCCAACAGAUCUGGCCAACCCCACGGCAUUUGGUGGAUGCGUACAUGGCUCUGGAGCCUAAGGAGCGAGAGACUAUGAUAGCGACUCGGAUGUCAGAAGUUGUAGGGCGGAAGAAAAUUGCUAAAGAUCUCAGCAAGCGGAUUGCGGAAGUUUGGGGGGAGGUGAAUUUGUAUUAA